CCUCGAAGAUCAGUCAUUGGACCUCUAGUUCACAUCUUUUCUUAAUACCUCUGCGAGCACAACAAGAGAUACGUCUUCUUCACCAUGGCUUCGCCGACUACCACUACGCUGCCGUCCCGCGCGACGACGGGGUUGAGCGACGAUGCUAUUCCGGAGGCGGAUCCCUCUAAUACCGCUGGAUUGCUUGCGGAACGUCUGCAGGCGUGGAAACACAUGGUGGGAUAUCUCGAGGAGUAUGUCGAGGCCGUGGAGAAGGUUCACGGCCGUCAGGCCAAGGAGUACGAGAAGGUCUUGAAGACCAUUUCGAAUCCCCUGCGUGAGGGCCACCACUUCGACCAGAGCCUUGGCGGCGUUGCGGGCUUCUUCGAGAACAUGCGAGCCAACACCCAGGCCAUGAUCAACACCAACAUCGAGACGGAGAAGAGCAUCAAGGGCUCCGUCCUGCCCAUCCUCGAUCGUCUGCACAAGGAGAUCAAGCACAAGGCCAAGGAGCUCGCGAGCGGCGCGCAGGCGGCGGCCAAGGAGGUCGAGAAGCUGCGCAAUGUGACGCAGAAGCACAUUGAGCUGCUCGGCCAGCAAGCCGCCGCAUACGACUCGCACGGCGGCCGGCAGACCAACAGCCACGAGGAUCCGUACGUGGUCCGCCGCGGCGUCAUGCACCGCCUUAGCAACCAGGUCAUCGCGGAGAACAACCACCGCAACGACCUCGUCUCCGUGCAGAACAACUUCCGCACGUUCGAGGCGCACAUUCUCGAGGUCGUCCAGCAGGCCAUAGAGGGCUUCACCCAGCUGGUCGGCGGCCAGGGCGAGAAGAUGCGGGCGCUCAACAGCGACAUCCUCGGCACCGUGCAGUGCAUCCCGCGCGACUUUGAGUGGACAAACUUCCAGCACCGCGCUGCCGACCGACUGGUCAAUGCAAACGACCCCCCGCGCUCCGUCGAGGCCAUUCAGUUCCCUAACAUGGAGCACGCCUCGACAAAGGCGCUGAUUGAGGGCUCGCUGGAGCGCAAGUCGCGCAACAAGCUGUCCUUUGGCUACUCCACCAGCUACUACGUCGUGUCGCCCUCAAAGUUCUUGCACGAGUUCAAGGACUCGGACGACACCCGCAACGACCCCAAGCCCGAGCUGUCCAUCUAUCUCCCCGACGCCGUCAUCGGAGUGCCCAACGCCGAAAAGUUCAACAUCAAGGGCAAGGACAAGAGCGGCACGCUGAGCAGCAAGCUCACUGGCAGCUCCGAGCUCAGCUUCAAGGCUCACACGCCUGCCGACGCCCAGCGCUGGUUCCAGAUCAUUCAGGGCGUCACUAAUGCUGCUCCUGCUCCCAUAUCGACCCCAGCAUCCCCUGUAACCACGUCGUCACCCACCAUGACCUCUCCGGUGACAGCGGUUCCUGCAGCGGCAGCGGUUGCAACCAAGGCGGCCGAUGCUGAUGUCAAGUCACCCGUUGCCACGACCACGCCCGUCGAGAAGCACCAGGCGCAGGAAAAUGGCGUUACGGGCGGUGAUGCAAAGUCUGCUGCUUAGUAUGUGGACGGGACUAUCUGGGACUGGUGAAGAGAAGGAAGAGGCCAAAAAAAUUGAGGGGACGAGGAGUUUUUUUCGAUGUUUCUAUUGUUUUUGAGUGGUUAAUGAUACCUAUCCUGUGAAGGAGACUGGAACAGUACUUAAUGCGACGAUUCUAAUAAUGAGGGGGCUGAGUUCUUGGUAUAAUGCGUUACGGCUGAGGCUGAAUUGACGUGUAUUAAGCCAAACGGUGUUUUAAUCUCCGUGUGAAUCUAAGAAUUACGUGAAAUAAAAUGGUAUUCUCCC